AUGUUGUACGCUUUAGCCACUCCAAACUCCUCAUUCAAACCACUGAUUAGAAAGAUCAAGAAUUCAUGGAGAUUGAAGAAAUUCAAAGAAUUGUAUAUUGAAAAAGGUGGUUUAUCUAAUCCUCCCAGUGAUGUAUCAUUCACAGAACUGACUUCAAGUGAUGGGUCAGCUGCUACUGCUCUGUCAACUAGAAUUCGUAUUUGA